UGGUCCAAUGAUGCUUCGAAUACUCCAAAAUACUUUCUUUUCUUCUUUUUUCUCGAAAGAAGAAGAAGAAUAGAAAGUGUUCUGAAGCAUUUGGAGCAUCAAAUGGGCCGAGGCCUACGGCCCAAGUAUUUCAGCUGCACGUGCUAAAGAUCAAAUGGUUUCGCAAAGUGUCAAAAAAUGUCUGUCGACUGUUGUUCCUUGAAUCAUUAGUACAAUUAAUGAUUCUGUUCGAGAAUGUCAUAAAUGACACCAAGUGUUGUUUACGAGGCAGAUCGCCGGUCGCACGAACUUCAACCUUGGAAUGAAUUCAUGUAGGAGGAGGAACGAGGAUGUACUGGCGGAAGUCUUGGAUCUGUUUCUCCUUCCGGAUUACAACGUUGUCUCAAACACGUAUUUGGAUCAUCUGUUGAGUCACAUUGCGGAGAACACGAAAGAAUGUGCUUCGGUGGACUACGAGUACUGCGAGGUAUUCCAGAAGUGGAUACCAAAGGCUUUAGCAGUAUGGGAGUCUGGACAAAAGGCAUCGCAGCCUAUCAUCACGUUCACGCUGAAACUGGUUGGGAUUAUUUCCCAGCACGAGCUGCGUUUCCACUACUGGCAGUGCCAGGAUGUAUACAACAGGCUGUGCACAAUUUUCCAAUUGAGCAAGGAUAAUUUACCUGCGUCUAUCAAGAUGGCAUACACAACGAUGCUGUCAGACUUGAUCAUUCAUCGAAGCGGCAGGCAGUGGGUGAUAAAAUCUGGUACGUGGAAGGACAUUGUGAACUGUGCACACUGGAAUCACACAAUGUACGUCACAAGGGAGAGCCAGAAAUUCCUGUGGACGUUACUGUUACACGAGCACAGAAACGUUGAAGCUUGCAAGGAGAUCAUUCUGGCGAUUGCUGCUCCCUUAAUGAGUAAUACUCUGGACGCCCAGGUGAAUCGGGAUCUAGAGGAGACAUAUUUGGAACAGAACAAGCUGCUGUGCUCGACGCUGGAUCUACUGACCAGCAUCUUGGAGAACACGCUGUUCGCCAGUCUGGACAACGGUAUUCCCGAGUUGCUGGAGGAGCUCGUCAAUCUUGAGACGCGGGUAAAGGCGCUGUUCGAAGCUUGCAUCAGUACCAGGUUCCUCCACCAUGUGCACAAGCUGCUGCUGCUGUCGUUGUUCCUGAAGCUGAAGCAAGGAAUCAAGGAAGAUAGCAACGUGGUCGACUCUAACGCGGCGCAAAAGUUCUCUUACAGCUUGUGUUACAUUUCGAUGAUGCUGCUGUCAAAGAAACACAUUACGGAGCUGGUAAAGAGUCAAAAGUUCGCCAUGGUGUACUGGAAGAAGCUGCUCGCGCUACGAGAAUUCGUUCUCCUGGAGCAGCAUCAAGCAUACAAAUUCGAGCAUCAGGCUAUCGCUAUAAUGAUAUUGCCGUUAUGCGUGUGCAUAAAGAAGAAUCAUAUGAGCACCUGUUCGUAUGAGCUGUUUGAUAUGUUUCUUAACAAAAUCUUCGACGUGACGUGCACCACUGUGCAAAGGCUAGCUUACAACAUGCGAGACGUCAUACGGAAAGGGGAGCUUCCGAUGGAGCAGAUUUGCAAAGCAUCUAUUGAUUUUCUUCUUGAAAUGUCAGAUAUCAUGGAUAGAGAUGUAGCAGUAAUUACUUUUCAAGUUUUGUGCCAUGUUUUGAAAAGUUACUUGCCAGACACGCGAGGGGAACAGAAGGAUAGCAGAUCAGACACAAAUAGCAAGUCUCCUUCGGAGCAUCCGCGAAAGUUGCAGUACAAACCGAUAUUGCAAGGCGAUUUCAUAGUCGAGUAUCCUAUUUUGCUGGCGUCGUUGCUCGACGGCUUGGCGAUAAUGACGGAAAAAUUCAAACUCAAGUGGCAGGAAUGCGUGGAGACGAUAUGCGUGUUGUCCCUCGCCCAAGAAAUUCUCAAUCAUAAUGCGAUAUUACCAAUGAUUUGUGUAAAAGCAUUGAAGCUAUGCAAACUCGCUAUCCACAACUUUAUGCCGCCUAAUUUGGCAUUACUCGUCGAUUCAGACAGUCAAACGAACGAGAUAGGACCGACGCUUUUCAAGAGGCUACACGACCCUAACUGGGAAGUGAAAGACAGCGUUCUCGAGGUUCUCAACACCAUCGCGACCAUUUCCGAAUACAAGUACCCGGCAUUCCAAGACUUCUUGUUGAUUAAUGAGUUCCCAAAACUAGCAGUCAAGAUUGCCGAAACGGACAGUGAGAGUUAUGUACGAGCGUCGGCACUAACGUUCAUCGCGACCACCGUACGCAUAAACAAACUGUGGGAACAACAACUGUCGGAACUAAAUUUAAAUGAAAUCGCAAUUUGUUUACUCGAGAACGAGAGCGAGGCGAUCGUUAGGAGAGAAGCUGUGAAUCUGAUAAAGGAGUUGUACGUUCAUCGAAAAUGGCCGAAGACGGUCAUCGAUUCGAUGCUGCGGGCGAUGUCAGCGACAGCUGUAUUUGAUCUGCAUUGGGAGGUGAAGACAAACGCGUUGAUUUUCUGGGAUCAUUUCGUCAAGUCGCAUUUGACGGAUCAGGGGAUGCUCGACGACUCGUUCCCGAAUGUGACAUUCUCCAAAGAGCAUAGAAAGAUCGUCUCGUUGAACGAGACCGAGAUUAAACGUAGGCUGAACAAAGCGCUGGACGAGUUGGCGAAACAAAAUUGCCUAGGUGUACUUUUGGUCACCUUGAAGGACGACAGUGACUUCGAAGUGUGCAAAGCGUCUGCCGUGAUAAUCGGCAAGUUGAAAACCUGUCUGCUGAAAUACAAAUUGGAUGAGCCGGUGUCGCCAAUAGAGAACAACGCGACGAUAGAUACCGUCUACGUCAAGGAGCCGUCGUUCGUCUCUUCGUCCGCCGCCAGAGAGGAAACGCGAAACGCCUCGCACGUAAUCGAGGAGAUCGUAGACGCGAACGAUGCCAACUUAUUGGCAACCAUCUAUAACAGCUCCAUGAAUAUGGACAGCGGCAGAUCGAAGGAGGAUGAGAAGAAAACGCUGCGUUAUAUCUCGUCGGUGACGCGACAGGAGUUUCUUCAUGCGAUUUUCGAUUGCGACAUCGAAGCUUACAUCGAGGAGAAGAAUCGAUGGUUGAAAACGUAUACCAGCAGUUUCGAGUCAAUCCUAGAGGACAUUCUGAUAAUGUACAAACAGAAGGACGUCAACUCGAUGGACUGCUAUUAA